AUUAGAUCCAUCACAUGGUCGCGCUAGCCCAUCCUGCACGUUAGUGGAGCCGCCGUGCAGAGUCCUCACCUCAGCAUGGCCGAGCCAGCAGUGGUUCCGGGCUCCAUUGACGCACUGCACUCGUAUGCGGAACUGUAUCGCGAUUUCACGAAUGAUUUUGCCGUCUCGUCUUUCAAAGUCGGCUUUGGAGCAUUUGGCAUUGUGUACCGGUGCCACCCGCUACCGCCAAAACAAGCACGGCCCAACAUCAACGAUGCAACUACACUGGCAAACAGUACUACUGCAUCUUCUUCUUCACAAUCCACUGCGCCCGUGUGCGUGAAGAUCGUUCCAAACACGGGGAAGCGACGUCCGACCAUGCUGUUUCUCGACGAGGGUCUGCAACUGAAAACCUUGAACGCGCUGCUGAAGUUGCGUGACCAGUCUGCGUUUGUGGUGAAGUACUAUCGAUUCAAUUUGUGGGAGGAGAAACUUUUCGUUCUGAUGGAGGAAUGUCGCGGCCCCGACCUCCGCCAGUUGCUCUCCGCGAAGAAGAAAACCGGCAACAUGCGGUCGAAUUCCAAGCACUUCACCGGCAAAUAUUACGGGCCCGGGACGGCUGCCGCGGGAGUGAUGGUCCAAACGUUGGAAAACAGCAGCUACCGCGCGGGCGGUCCUAAUAUCGGCCUUGCCACCAGCUCCACCCGGCCGCGCCGCACCAGUCAGGACGUCGAUCAGGACGAACAAUUCGAAAACGACGACGACGACGUCACAACCCCCGGUGGCAGCACCAGUCAGCUGAGUCAGAGUGCCAGCACGCUCAGACCGAGACCGGACAGCAGUAGUACCGGGAGUGUGAUGUUGUACCAGGGGAAGAUGCUGUCUGGCGAAUUUUUGGAGGAAACGAAAAGGAAUCCAGUGCGAAGACUCACGAACGCCGCACUGAACAAAGUCGAGAACUUCAUGGCAAAUCUGCUUGGCUCGCCGACAAACAAGACGAGCGGAGCGCGGCCGAGCAACCUCGGGGACAUGCUGCAUUUCAUGCAGAAUGGGCGGUUGAAGAAUCAUGUAAAUUCUCCGGACGCCAACGACACCGACGCAGCACGUGGUCACCAAACUGGUGGAUACGGGCACCGCAUGGGCCUCGGGAGCUCACCUGCUCCGAGUUCCGUGUUCACCGGCGGAGGGCCGUCGUCUGCGGGCUCGCCGGUGUAUUUUAGCCGGGAGGCAAGUUUGGCCGAUGAUAUGGACAAGGACCAAGAACUCGUGCUUUCCGUGCAGGAAAUGCCAGACCCGCUUGCGAAGCUUGACACUCCACCCAAGAAUGGGGUGAGUAAAGGGGGUUCGCGAAACAGAAGUACCGAACCAGCAAGCGCCAAUCAGCCCCAACUUGGACCAAGGGUCGCUGGCGAAGAACAAGAGCACGUCGCUUUGUUGCAGUCUCCGCCAACUACGGCGGCGGAAGACCAUGGGACAGCAGUACAACUGGAUCUUCCAGCUGCCGAUGAACAAGAAGUCAACACUGUCGCCCCAUCAAGCACGACGAGCCGCCCUCGACCGGUCCUUGAUGCCUCGCUAACCGUCGGUGGCGAUCAAAAUACGUCCUCCAGCUCGUCGGAUUACAUGCAGUCAUCUGCAACGGCUCUCGGCGACAGCGCGAAUGACAACAGCAUCCAAUUCGGCCCGCGAAUUAUCCAGCAAGAUCUGCCGGACUCGCCGCUGAACAACACUUUGGAGUUUGCGCCGCGGGCCGUAACCGCACCCAGCGGCACCACCAUGCUGUCCGGGCAAAGUUCGUUCACGGCGGGCUCCGACGUCGGCCUCCAUCGCGACCUGCAAUCUUCCGAGUCCCUCGUUUCCCCGAGCAAGUUUGUGUCCCUGGACCGCGACUUCGACGCCGUCACGGGGGACCGGAACGCGCGCCGCCGCGGGUUUCGCAGUCUGGAGACGGCAGUGUCGGGUAGAGGCGGGCAAAAUACGCUUCUAGCGGUGCAGCGCCGCGAAGAUCGAAGCUUUUCGCCGACUGCUGCAGGAGGAGGUGCUGGCGCUAGUCGGCUGCAGGCUGGAGUAGACCAGCUUGCUCAAGGUGCGCAAACGACCCUCCAAGCUUCGUCGCCGGAAACCUUCAGCGCGUCGUCGAGCAGUAGCAGGAGUAAAGUGCUUGAUGAUGAUGGUAGUAGAAAUGUGCUGGGGACGAGUGGUGUUAAUGGCCUGGGUGAAACAGCAACAGGACCAGGAGUAGACAACAGCGGCAACUCAACGAAGUUCACCGCGUCACCAAACACCGCUCCGCUAGCUAUGCCAAUGCAAACCGCGGGCGAGGUAGUCGCUGUUAGUGGGUUGCGCCGCCAGAACAAUCUGCGAGGGGAGCACAUGAUGAAAAAUGGACCAGCUGAACAGGGUAUGGGCAGUGUUGCCAAUGCCGGUGGUGCUUCAUCGAGUCGAACGACGCCUGGUGGACCACCCGUUGUGUCGACUACAAAUGGUGGAGCCGACCUCCCGGCUGCGGUAUCGCGGCAAACGCCGCUCCCCCCGGAGCAGCCAGCUGCGCUACCUCCACCGAAACCAGGCUUUGGGGCGUGGAGCGACAAUCCCACACUGACCUUCGAUUUUCUUCGGCGGUGCAUGAGCAUGAUGGCCAGCGCAGUGGCCGCCGUCCAUGCUGCGGGCAUUCUUCACCGAGAUUUGAAGAUCGAAAAUUUUCGCUUUCGGGACCUCGACCUCAAGGAGUUGGUACUGCUGGACUUUGGUCUCUCACGACUCACCGAGGUCACCAAUCAUGCAACGAUCAGCAAAAGCACGGCUGCGGCGGUUGCAUCAGAGGAGGAAAGAACACAUAACCCGGUUGCGAAUGAACUGGCCUCCAAAGGUGCUGCACUCGGGAAACUGGCUUCUUCCGUCGCCGAUACAGACAAAAACACGACCACUGGUGCAACACCUGUGGUCCACGUGCCUGCAAAACAGGAUGGCGAUCAUAGAAGCCUACGAAGCAUCUCUUCUGAGCCUGAUAAGAGGGAACAGGCGUUUUCAUCUGUGAAGCACCCAGCUGUAGUUGCAGUAGUUGCCGCAGCAGAAGCUGGCUCGGUCCCAGUUCCGUCUUCCGAGCAGCCUGCUAAAAUUUGGGAAGGCAGUUCCCCAAGAAACUCUGCACCUGCCGGCGAUGCAUUACCGGCCGCGCCCUCCACCAGCGGUACAAGCAGCGAGGCGUCUGCACUUGGUCGUCUCUUACUUAGAACCGCACUGGGAGGUGAUGCGGCUAGCAUAGGAAAUUGCGUCGAAAAAGAAGAAAUCAACAAGACGCUCGAUGUUGACAAGCAGUUUGUGCGGGCAAAGCUUCAGAGCUCGAAUGACACCACUGUUCCGAAAAGUGAUCGAGCAGACGCACCCACGCCGACCGACACUGGGCAAGGCCUAGUGCAGGAACAACCCGAUACAUCUGAAAAAGUAGCACCGGCGCAGGAAGAACAGGACGGACCUCAGUCACCAAAGCAGAGCGUAGCAGCACUGCCAGCCCGCCCCAUCACCCCAGACAAGAACUUUCAGAGGCAGCGUUCUCCUGAAGAUCUUCGUCACCAGAACAUCAAUGAUAAGACUGCCGACCAGGAGCAGGGCCUGGUCGGGACGCUGUGCAAUCUCGCGCCCGAGAUUCUGCAGGACCGAGCGUACAGUGAGAAGAGUGACUUGUGGGCCCUGGGCACGAUUUUCUACGAGCUGCUUGUUGGUGCGACCCCCUUUGACGUGGGCAGCUACGAGAUGCUGGCCGACUUGCACCGGGAUCCCGUGCUUUGGAACGACGACGGCACUAUUGUCCUGGGUCGCACGCGCCGCGAGUCCCGCUGGUGGAAAAAGGCGGGCAGCAGUGCGCAAGAACUAGUCACAGGUCUUCUGCGGAUCGAAAUCGCGGAAAGGAUCGCCUCUGCGAAGGCGGUUUCGGAGCACGGAUUCUUUUUCGAUAGCGACGAGCGUAAGGCCGCGCUGUUGGCGAGGAAAGAAAAGGGAAGUAAAGUUGAGAAGGGCAAGUUGUUGGACACAUCGAUCCCAGUCACAAGCAGUCCAAAUGCAUCAGACAUCUUGUACAAUUUUCCGCUGUGGAGCUCUGGCUCAGCAACAGCCCGCGGCAGCCCAGACCAGACGGAUCUUAAUCGUCUACAUUUUUCGCUUUCGGGCUUUGGCUAAAUGUAAAACUACCACGAAAGAAGUGGAAUCUAGGCGGAUGAAAGAAGAUUUGUUGAAAACGAAAUAAAGCUGUUUCUGAGUAACAGUUGCUGGCACUUGUUC